UAGAUCUUUCUCCGGGCUGGACUAGAUCUUUCUCCGGACUGGACUAUUGAACAAAAUCACUAGACCUAUAUUAAAAGAUCAACACAAUGAUAUGAUCAAAUCAAUAAGCAACGCUGGGAAUACGAGUCAACUUUUGGUUUUUUUGUCGUUACAACAAAUGAUUAAAAAUGACUCAGCAGCUGUUUAGUGCUUUUAUGUUGACGUGUGUAUGGAGUAUCGUCGCAGAUGCAAUGAGUGCAAACUUCACUCUGGAUAAUGACAUUCAGUCCAGUUUCAUCCAGCGGCGGCUCAAGAGUCAGGAGCGCAGAGAGAUGCAGCGCGAGAUCCUCUCCAUCCUCGGGCUGCCUCAUCGACCCCGGCCGCUCCUUCACGAGAGACACACCGCAGCUCCCAUGUACAUGCUGGAUCUGUACAACGCCAUCCUGGAGGAUAGAGAUCAGCGCAGCGGCUAUGUGGACUCCUAUGAACCGGUUUACACGACCCCGGGACCACCGAUGGUGAGCCAGCAGGACAGCCGUUUCCUAAAUGACGCGGACAUGGUGAUGAGUUUUGUCAAUAUGGUGGAAGCAGAUGAUGACCUCCGCCUGUACCAUCAGCAUCGCAGAGAGUUUCGCUUUGACCUCUCGCGCAUCCCGCCAGGAGAAACCGUGACUGCCGCAGAAUUUCGUAUCUACAAGGAUUUUGUACACGAGCGGUAUGAAAACGAGACAUUUAGAGUCAGUGUGUUCCAGGUGCUCCAACAGAAGCCCAAAAGGGAGCUGUACCUGUUGGACUCUAAGGUGGUAUGGGCGGCAGAAGAGGGGUGGCUGGUAUUUGACCUCACAGUCACCAGUAACCACUGGGUUAUAAACCCGGGUCAGAAUCUAGGCCUGCAGAUCUCUCUGGAGUCCACACACGGCGAAAGUGUGAACCCUAGAAGAGUGGGACUGGUGGGCAAGAGCGGACCUCAGAACAAACAGCCGUUCAUGGUGGCGUUCUUAAAAGCGCCAGGAGUUCACUUUCGUGGUGUACGCUCGGCGUCUGGGAACAAACAGAGGGGUCACAACCGCUCCAAAAACCACAAAGCUGGUUCUGCACCCAGCCAGGUGACCCUUAAGACAGCCAUGGAGGGUGCCAGCGUGGACCCCAAACAGGGCUGCAAGAAGCGUGAACUCUAUGUCAGUUUCAGAGACUUGGGAUGGCAGGACUGGAUCAUCGCACCAGAGGGUUACGCCGCAUACUAUUGUGAAGGAGAAUGUGUUUUCCCCCUCAACUCGUAUAUGAACGCCACAAAUCACGCUAUCGUACAGACACUGGUCCAUUUCAUAAACCCAGAAACAGUCCCGAAGCCCUGCUGCGCUCCAACUCAGCUGCACGGAAUCUCCGUCUUAUACUUUGAUGACAGCUCCAACGUUAUAUUGAAAAAGUAUCGCAACAUGGUCGUCCGUGCCUGUGGAUGCCACUAAUUCACUCCUGCUCUUUCCGGGAAAACGAUAAUAGACAGAUUUUCUUGAUCUUCAAGAGCCCAAAGACUCUAAAUGGAGCAAAACUGGACCUCUUUGUCAGCAUUCAACGUUGAAACCCCUUGAAUUGUGGGAAGCUGACCACGGCCGAGUCAACUGUGCGCCGUUCUGGCUUCAGUCCGUGUCCAGACAACCAAGUUUGGAAUAUCAAAGAGGACACGAGGAGAUUUAAAGUGAAUAAACAGGCCUCAGAGACAUGAAAGCAGACUGCUCAGGGAGCACGCACAGCAUUUACACACGCCCCUAAAAAGGGUUUGUUUAGUAACGCCACUUGUACACAUUAUAAAACAUGUUUUAUAGUUCAGAGUUCAUUAAAGUGAUUAUAAGAAAUGACUAUCUUGCUUUGUUCAAGUAUAUUUCAGCAAAAGGUGUGAGAUGGAAAUUAUUUAAAUGAGUCCAAGCCUUUUGCAGAUGCUCUGCACUCUUGUCUAUUAAACAAGACCGCUGAAACUCAAUCCACUUUGAGUCUCUUUGGUUCCAUCACAUACAUGAAAGAACACAUGUUUUCUUUUUAUAGUUAUCACCCAUACAGCCAAUAAAAAAGAAAUAACCCUCAUGUGCUUGGAUUUGGCCUUUGAGUGGGUUCAGAAGAGUCAAACUCAUUGUUCUGUGCUUGUACAGCCGCAAUGCAUCAUGGGAAAUUGUUUUGGUGUGAAUCUGUUAAUCACUUUUUAAAGUGAGUGUGAACGUUAUAUGUAUGUGUGCGCUUACAUUUGGCCUUCGUACAGUGUGUACAUCCCCAUCUCAAGGGUCAGCGUUGCAGUUUUUGUCCACCUGCGAUCAGAGUCAUCACUCACCAUGUUCAAAUCUGUGAAGACUGGCCAAACGGGCAGGUGGGCGGUAUCAGGGGAGGCCGUUCGGUUACGAUCUGAACAUUUGGAAUAAAUGAAAUGAUAAAAUGAAAUGAAUGAAACUAUCUAAGGAGAAACAGGUGCGAUAGAUUUUGGCAGAUGAAAAUGUGAACCUUGCAGCUGUUCUUAAUAACACGGAUACAAUACGACAUUGUAGCUGUGCAUUAAAGAGGCUUCACUGAUGGAAUAGAUGAACUUUAAAACCAGAUGUGUGGAGAACUGGAAUUCAUUCAUAUGCCAUACAUUGUUUUAGAUGUUUUACAUGUUGCAGGACAUUGAGAGUCUUACAUGGUUGAUCAAACACGAUUUUCGGCAUAUUUGCCAUUUUAAUUCGGAGACAUCGCCAAAACCAACGGUUUGAGAAAUGAUGAUUUUUUUCUGUGUUGAUGUUUUCUUUUGAAUCAGGAAGUUGGGGUAAGACAUAUCGAGGUUGUCCUUUUUUCAUAAUAGUUUGUAGCCUGUAAUGUACAACAUAACAAAACCAAGUCUACAUUCAUAAUAAAACUGAGAAAAACGG